AUGUACAAGUUGCCCAAUUGUCACCUCAGCGAGCUUGACGUCGACAUCGACGGGGCAAGCUUGGAGGUCCAGCUUCACCGUGAUGGUGCCGAGAAGACAAAUCAUACAGCUAGAAAAGGAAAGAAGCCGCAAGCCAAUCAAUCUCGGUACCGCCGUCCGACCCCAUGCUCAGUUGAGCAUUAUCGACAUGAGGGAGACUCCGGAGCCGGAAAUGACUUGAAGUCUUCCGACGACGCGCCGAGAGGCAGGUCUCGGUCGUCAACAUUCACGCCAACCCGGAGCCGAGCCCCAACUCCUCAUCCACAUGCACAUGCACACAAGUCUCAGAAGACAAAAAUCAACAUGACAGUCCGCUUCACAGGUCCAUUGGAGCCGCAGUCCCCUGUACAGAAAGGCGAGACAGCAACCGCGCCGCCCAACAGGAAGUCGGCCAUGAAGAGAGAGCCAGAGAGCCAGAAGAGGGAAGAAAAGGCGAUGGGGAAAGAGAAAGAUCGGGCUGGAGAAUCUUCAGAAGCUCAUGCUGCGCACCAUAUCAGGGUGGCAGAGACCCCGAAAGAUGUUCAGUUCUGUACUUUGCGCCGCAAUACUGACAGACGCUCCUCCGUCCCAAGCACAAGACCGAAGUUCGCCGUCUCGAGGUCGAACACAACAUCAAGGCCGAUCAUCGCUCCAGAGCGCCCACCAAGCCCUCUCAUCCCCCAAGCCAAAAAGACAUCAGAGAGUCACGUCCCCACAGCAGCAAGGGACUUUUUGUUCGACGAGCAGCCCGAGAUUUUUACCGGCGCCUCCCACUCAGCCCUCAAGAGCCGUCACACUAGCCUGACCAAGGACAGUUUCUCGCCGCCUUCAUCAACCUCAUACCUGCAGACGAAACCGAAGGGCAACGGCACCAUACUCCCUCCGACGGUCAAGACCGAGCGCCGACCGACGUGCAAUGAAGAUAGCGGCAAUAUCAAGAAAUGUUCCUCGGCCUCUCCUGUUCACACCAGAGAGAUCAAACCGACUGCUUCUCCGCCCAAGUCGCCGCUGCCACCGUCCGCUUCUUUCUCAUCAUUCCAUUCGGCCAAAUCUUUUUGGGGUGACCUUUACGCCUCUAGUAGUUGUAUCGCUGUCGUGUCCGGCGACAGUUCCAAGACUCCUAAGCCGGCGGCUUUGUCUCGCAACCGCGAUGGUUUGCCCAAGACCUCAAUGACGUCGUCAUCGUCAUCGUCGCCGUCGUAUCGCCCAGCGAAGAAUGACGACAAGACUGUCUCUGGUGAGAAUGGCAAGAUAAACAGCAAGGCGUUAUCCUCGAACUCCCUGUCCCGGUUCCACAACCAUUCCAAAAACACUGCCACUGGUUCUACAGCAAGCAGCCCCUCAAGCUUCAUCACCGCAAAAAGCCACCUCAGCAACACCAAUGCUAGCGACACCGAUACCGAUACCCCAAGCUCAAUGGCCGCCAGCUCUACCUCUAUGGUGGCCGAAUACAUCCCAUCCCUGCAAUCCGAGCUCUGGAACACGAUCACGAACUUCUGCCGCUCCGAUGCCUCUUCAGUCUCACCAGAAGAGCGAUACUGUGACUGCGACGAUUGCGUCUGGGGCGAGGAGAGGAAUGUUGCGGGCUGCAGCACGGUCGCUAGGGCCGGAGAAGGAUAUUGUAGGGCGAGGAGGGUGUAG